AUGAGCAAAUGAUUUUUUUUUUCAAAAGAAUAUAAUUAUCCAAAAUAGUACAUUUGUAAAAUCAAAUGGCAAAACUUUAAAGGUCAUAGUUCUAAAAAAUAAAAAUAAAAAAUACAUAUUUAUUCUCGAGACACUAGUCCUUCAUUUUUUUAAAACAUAUAUAACAAAAUUUCAAUAUUAAUUUUUGUAGAAUAUAUUAUUGCAAUUUAAUCCUUUUUCCAUUUUUUUUUAUGAUAAAUCCAUUUUCCUUUCCCAAAACUAUUAUUCAUUACAUAACACCCACCAUAAAUUAGAUAUGAUAAAAGAAAUAAUAAUAAUAAUAAAAAUAAAAAGGAGAUGAUUUAUGGGUAAGAAAAGGGUAUCAAAAUCAGAAAUUCUAAUUGGUCCAACCAAUAUCACCUUAUCCACAUCAUAUCCACACCAUCCAAAAAAAUCAACAAAAAUAAUCCCUUCUAAAUCCCAAAUUGAUCAAAUAUCAUAUCACCACUCCUCCCAAAAAAACAUUAACCAUAUACCAAAACCCCAACUCACUCUUCCACGUACCACAAACUCAACUCAUCAUCACCGGCCAUGGCCAUGGCAACCCAAGCCACCACCAGCCUCUUAGUCCCCACCAAAACCGGCAUACCCUCCGCCGACCGAUCAGCCACCGCCUCAUCAUGGAAGCAAUCCAUUUCCACCACCACCUCAUUCAUCGCCACCCCCCUCAAGCUCUCUCACCACGCCUCAUCACGCUCCGUUAGAGUCAUGGCCGCCGACGAGAAGACAUCGACCGAGGCUGCACCGGCACCGGCGAAAAAAGAAGCCCCAGUUGGGUUCACACCGCCUGAGCUAGACCCAAGCACUCCCUCCCCGAUCUUCGGAGGAAGCACCGGAGGUCUGCUACGAAAGGCACAGGUGGAAGAGUUCUACGUGAUUACAUGGGAGUCUCCGAAGGAACAGAUCUUCGAGAUGCCGACCGGUGGCGCCGCCAUCAUGAGAGAGGGACCGAAUCUUCUGAAGCUGGCUAGGAAGGAACAGUGUUUGGCUCUUGGUACUAGGUUGAGGUCCAAGUACAAGAUUAAGUACCAGUUUUAUAGGGUUUUUCCUAAUGGAGAGGUUCAAUAUUUGCACCCUAAGGAUGGAGUCUACCCUGAGAAAGUCAACGCUGGUCGCCAAGGAGUUGGUCAAAACUUUAGGUCUAUUGGCAAGAACGUUAGCCCUAUUGAGGUUAAGUUCACUGGGAAGCAACCUUAUGAUUUGUAAGAUUAAUUAUUGCUAUUAUUAAUACAUAAUUUGUGCUGUUAUUAAUUUUAAUGUUGUAUUUAUCAUCAUGACUACUACGUAAGUAAGUUUGUGAAUUUCAACAUUAUUGUUCAUUCGUAGUAGUGCUUAAUUCCUUGCGUAAA